AUCCAGUGCGACAAGUGGCGCUAGUGCGUGACAAACCUUUCCACGAACAAGAACACUGAACUGACGUACUACGCAAAAACUACUGACGUCCUACUCAAGUGCUGACGUCACGCUCAUGCUUGAGCAUAAGCACUGUCGAGCUCACGCACUGAAUGAGAAAAUCGAAUUUUUAACAAUGGUAACUUUAAGCGAUCCGUUUUUUGCAUAUCUGUAAAGUUUAAGUAUAUUUAUUUGAUUUCGUUUGAGACCUACAGUGAAUGCUAUAACCUAUCUUCGAAAAGUUGUGGUAAUAGAAAAAACGUUGCCGGCCUUAUGCGAUUGUGUGACUAGGCCUCGCCUGGUCCGCAGUGUCUCAAAGCAAGCAUAGCAUGCAUCCUUCUUGGGGCGGUUACGGAGGGGGACAUCAACCUUCUCCAAAUUUUGGCCCGCGACCGAAUCAGUUCAGGGCACCUCAGCCUCCUGGAGGAGGUGGAUAUGGCGGAUAUGGAGCUCCAUCAGUUACACCGUCGUCAAAUUUCUCUAGUUUGCAUGAACAACAUUUACAACAGAUGCAACAGUUGCAGCAGCUCCACCAGAAGCAACUCCAGUCUGUGCUGCACCAUCCCGGCGGCAACGCUGCUGGAUUUGGCAGCGGCCCCCCUCCAUACUGGCAAACAAGCGGCAAUGAAAAUUUCGUGCCGCCAAACAAUUUUCAAGAUUCAUCGUCCAUUCGUGGUCCCGGUGGCCCUUCUCAGCUCUCGCCACCAGAGCUGAAUCCUGCACCCCCCGAGUCUUCAGCCUCACCUGCAGCGCAGACCACAGCUCCAGCACCAAAGGUUAGCGAUGCCAGAGCGUUGGAAUCGGAUAACAAGCCCGACUUUUCUUCGAUGUCUCAAGAGGAGCAGCAGGACUAUUGGUACCAGCAGCACCGUCAGAAUUUGCAGAAACUAAAAAAUGAAAAGGCGAUGCAGAAUCAGAGUUCAGUUGGGAACAGCCAAUCUUCUGCUCCACCACCUCCAACUGAACCCCCCAAAAGUGCCCCACCACCUCCACCUCCCAAAGAGGAGCCCCCUCCUCCUCCACCACCUGAGGAAACAAAGCCCACUGGCAUCAGCGAAACAGGAGACCCGGCGGAAGCAGCCCGUCUGCAGCAGCUACAAGCAGCAGCUGCCCAUUGGCAGCAGGUGCAGCAUCAGAGGGCCAGCUUUCAGUACCAGGCCCUAAUGCAAGAGCAUGCUCAACUACAGCAGGUCCUGCAGCAGUAUCAACAGAUUAUUCAACAGCCAGCUCAUCUCCAGACAAUGCCUGUGGACAUGCAGUUGCAACAUUAUGAAAUGCAGCAACAGCGGUUUUCUCCAUUGUUCCAGGACUGGAACAGACACUUUAAUCUGUGGUUAGAACAGUUUCAGUCAUACCCACACAAAGACCAGCUACAGGAUUAUGAAGCCCAGUGGAGGCAAUGGCAAGAACAAAUGAAUUCAACUUCUGCUCAUCUGCAGGAAAGACUCGCUACUUUAAGAGCCAUGCAGCAUCAGUAUGGUACUGGUCCUGCCUAUGGAGGCAUGAUGGGAUUAUAUGGCCAGCAUGAGCAGCAUCGGCCCCCUGGUCCAGAUGGAAACAUGCAUGCAACCAACCAAGGCGUUCCAUCUAUGCCUCCACCUGUUAACAUGGAUGCUAUGUCAGGACCUCCACCACAUGGUCCUUCAGCUUCUGGACCAACAUUUCCACAAGGACCAUCACCUUCAAAACCUGCAGAACUUUACCAAUCUUCCGGAACAGAUUCUGCCUCUGAAACAUGUAAAACUUCUGAACCUGCUGAAGUACCUGGACCAGGCAUUAGACCUUCUGGACCAGGCAUUAGACCUUCUGGACCAGGCAUUAGACCUUCUGGACCAGGCAUUAGACCUUCUGGACCAGGCAUUAGACCUUCUGGACCAGGCAUUAGACCUCCUGGACCAGGCAUUAGACCUCCUGGACCAGGCAUUGGACCUCCUGGACCUGGCAUUGGACCUCCUGGACCCGACAUUAGACCUCCAGGACCAGGCAUUGGACCUCCAGGACCAGGCAUUGGACCUCCAGGACCAGGCAUUGGACCUCCAGGACCAGGCAUUAGACCUCCAGGACCAGGCGGUAGACCUCCAGGACCAGGCAGUAGACCUCCUGGACCCUGUGGAAAUUUUGAAAAUCCAAGAUUUGAAGGUCCCAGAGGCCCACGGUUUCAACAGGCACCACAGCAACAGUUUAGUGGACCACCUAGGUUUGAUGGUGGUCAGCGGUUCAACCAACCUUUCAGAGCUAAUUCUCCUCGUCCAGGGGCUCCAGUGAGACCUGAGAAUCCUCCAAGGCAGAAUCCACCCACACGAUUUGAAAGACCACCUGGACCACCUCAGCAGCCAAGUUUCAGUCCACAAUCCAGUCUUGAUCCUGGCAGUCAUACAAAACAACAAUCAUCUAAACCUGAUGUACCAUCAGCCUCUACAUCUGAUAAAGAACCAGAAAAAAAUAAAAUGCCUCUAGAUGACACCAAGAAAAUAGAUGGUGCUUCCUCUUCUCAGUCACUAACAGAUGACAUAAUGGACUCUGAGGAGGAUUUUUUUGUUCAGAGCGGACCCAUUCCUCAAAGUCAGGAUACUUCUGAGCCUGCUGAGCCAGAUAAGGCAACAGCUAAUACUCCUAAAACAUCCUUAUCUACAGACAGUCCAGUCACCACAAACAAAAACUCUAAAAAUUCUAGCUCACAACCUUCUAAAACUGGUCAUAUGAAUAAUGGGCCUCCACAGCAAACAAAGCCGCCUCAACAUGAUCAGCUUAAACCUGAUGCAUUUAAGGAAGCUGCUAGAGGCCCACAGCUGAUACAUCAGACAGGUCCACCUCAUGGCAUACGGGGUAGGGGAAGGGGCCAAGUACCAAUGCCUAUUCGAGGCAGGGGUCGUGGACGUGGCCGUGGACAGUAUGGAGGGCCAACAAUGGAUCCCAACUCUCAGAGAGAAAAUAUAGAGGAGGCUCCUUAUGACCACCAGGCACCAGAGGAGGAGAUGCACAGAGAGAACCAGGAUUUGACCUGGAGAGACCCCUCUUUAGAUGGACCUGAAGAAGUGGAUGAAGAGGCAGUAUCCCAUGAGAUGUGGCAUCCAGAGGAGCACCACUUUCCAGAACAAUACUAUGAAAACCCUAGAGACAGAAGACCUCCAUUGGGUCCCAGGGAGCAUCCUGAGAGCACCCAUUCUGAAGAGCACUGGGAAGAAGAAUCACAGGAUUAUUGGCAGGAAGAGGAUCCAUACUGGACAGAAAGACGACCACCCAUCCACACUAGACCCCCACGCGGCCCUGGCAGGCCACCUUUCCAACCUCGUUUUAUGCAUCAUGGCCCAAGACGCCCCCCUCCCCCUGGAAGUAUGGAACAUGACCCACAUGGACCUCCACAAAUGAGUCGUGGGGGCAUGGGGCCACGAUUUAGACGGGGUGUAGGCCCAUGGAGACCACCAGUACCACGUUCUGGCAUGCUAGAAAGAGACAUGAGACGGCCACCAGUUCCUCAUGAAGUCUUGAUAGAAUCUGAUCAACCUGAAUAUGAUGAAGAAAUUGAUAGAGAUCCUGGAUGGCCUCACCCCCAUGGAAGAGAACCUAGAAGGCCUCCAAUACCUCCACAUGAAAUGAUGGGAAGAGGGAGGAGACCAUUCAUGAGACCCCCAAUGCCAAGGGAAAUGUGGCGUCGUCCACCCGUUCAUGGAGAAGAAAUGUACGAGGAGGAAUUUCAGGGAACCCAAGAUGAACUUAGGCACAGACGACCAGCUCAUGAAUAUCAUCCAGAUUAUGAGCAAGAGGAUGAGUAUUACAGUUCUCAUGAGGAAUGGGGCAGGGAGCAUCCUGAAAGAGAAUAUCCACCACAUGGCCCCCCAGAGCAUAUUAGAGAAGAUCGUUGGUUAGAUGAACGAGAAAGAAUGUUCCCAUAUGAGGAAGAAGAUCCAUAUAGAGAGGAAAAAAUAGGUCCUGGUUAUCCUGGUGAGACACCUUAUCGAGAAAGAGAGCCUCCAUUCCACUCUCGUCCUGAUUGGGAAAGACCCCCUCCUCCACCCCCACCAGAAAGAGGCUACUCUCAUCCAGUCUCUGAAUCUGAGGCACAUUUUGAGAGAAACUUGGAUCCUUCAGCUGGCCUGCCCCCAACCCAAGCACCAGACACCCCAAUUGAGCAGUCUUCACCUGGUGCAACUAAAACUGUACUUGCGCUUUCUCAAAGGCAGCAUGAGAUCAUCCUCAAAGCUGCCCAGGAGCUAAAAAUGAUAAGAGAACUCCAGGAAACUAAGAAGACUUUAGGAGAAGCUGCCAACACAGAGUCAUCUGGGUUGCCCUCAGAACUUCCCCCUGGUAUUCUUGGUUUGGAAAUUCCACCUGAGGUUAAGAGUGCUCUUCAAGCUACGAAUUUAUUGUCAGAAAUAGGACAGACUCUUGAUAAGCCUGUGGAUGUUGGUUUGGUCCCCUCAAAUCAGACUGCAGACUUUUAUCCUACUUCCUCAGCACCUACCCCUACCGCCACAUUUAUUGCUAAAACUGUUGACUAUGGACAUGGUCGUGAUGGAGGUGCAAUGGUGGAAAGAAUUUCAUAUGGAGAGAGAAUAGUGUUAAGGCCUGGCCCACCUCCAUCUGAACGUCAUUAUGAGAAAGAGCUGCUUGGCCACAGAGACCCGUACUAUGACAGAAGAAGUGAUCCAUAUGGUGAUCUCAGGAAUUACGACAGGGAGUGGGAGAGUGAUCCGUACAGGGAAAAGCAGUCUCUGGAUUAUGAGAGAGAUCGAUAUGAAAGAGACCGUUACUUAAGAGAUGAACGCUCACCACUUGGGCCUCGACCAAGUCAUAGGGACAGAGAAAGAGAUUACCCAAGCCGUUUGAGCAGGGAACGAGAGGUUUAUAACCGGCCAGGAUAUGAAAGGUCUUCCUAUGAAAGGAGUCUUGAACAUUACGAGCAUGGAUCUUCAGGUUAUGGAAAUGAUCGGAGGAGCUAUCCAGACGAGCGCCCUCCUCCGCCCGCAUCACUGCCCCCUUCUAGUUCAAUUCCCCCCCCUCGUGUGGAGAAGAAACCAGAAACAAAGAAUGCAGAGGAUAUCCUCAAACCUCCAGGGCGAACAUCACGACCGGACAGGAUUGUGGUCAUCAUGCGUGGAUUACCGGGAAGUGGCAAAAGUCAUGUUGCAAAACUUAUUAGGGACAAAGAGGUUGAAUGUGGUGGUGCACCACCCAGAGUUCUCGGUCUGGACGAUUACUUCAUGACUGAAGUUGAGAAAGUCGAGAAGGACCCUGAUUCUGGGAAGCGUGUCAAAACCAAGGUGCUUGAAUAUGAAUAUGAACCAGAGAUGGAAGAUACGUAUCGAAGCAGUAUGUUGAAAACAUUCAAGAAAACACUUGAUGAUGGGUUCUUUCCCUUCAUAAUCUUGGAUGCCAUCAAUGAUAAAGUAAAGUACUUUGACCAGUUCUGGAGUGCUGCCAAGACAAAAGGGUUUGAGGUGUACUUGGCUGAAAUCACAUCUGAUCAUCAAACAUGUGCAAAGAGAAACAUACAUGGCCGAAAACUGAAGGAUAUUACGAAGUUGGCCAGUGGCUGGGAAUCUGCACCACCCCAUAUGGUACGACUUGACAUCAGGUCGCUAUUGCAGGAUGCUGCUAUAGAAGAAGUUGAGAUGGAAGACUUCAACCCUUCUGAAGAAGAAACAAAAUAUGAAGUGAAAGAGGAUGAUGAUGAGGCAGAUCUGAGCAACUGAAGCAGCAUCUAUUGGGCCCAUACUGAAACCACCCGCAUACACUGCAGGUUAACAAGUAGGUUUUUGUUUCACUAUUUUUCUCUACAUAUUUCUUUCUUUCUUUCUCUCUCUCCUUGCCUUUCUAACUCUAGAUAUGUCUCCUUGACACACAAGCAACCACAUUUGAACCAUAAUGUUAAUGUAAUAUUCUUUGUUUUACUUUCUCUGUGAAUUAUUGUUCAUUUUAAUACUUUUUAAACAGCCAUUUAAGUCUGGUGGCACAUCAUCUGAAAAAAAAACUACUGCAAGUGGUAAGUUAAUAUUGCAAAAGAUUUGUUUGCAUUUUUAAGUUACAGUUAGGGUUUACAGCUACAGUUUUGUUUUUUGACUGUCUGUCUGUAUAUACCAUAAAUGUCGUGCAUUUUACUAUCAAAAGAACAUAAAAUAACAGAGAAUCAGUUUUAUUAUAGUACACUCUUAAAACGAAGGUGUUAAAAUAACACAUCUUGUAUUGCCCUCUACACAUCUCUGUCUGUUGUCCCUUUCAUUAAUUUGAACACAAAAUCAACACGAAAUGACACAUAUUGUGUUAAUUAUGAUAACAUUUUACUCAACAUACAUGUAACCCUGGACCACAAAACCAGUCUUAAGGGUUAUUUCUUAUUUGAGAUUAAUAUAUCUGAAAGCUGUAUAAUAAAUGAGCAUUCCAUUGAUAUAUAUGGUUUGUUGGAAUAGGUCAAUAUUUGGCCAAGGUACAACUAUUUGAAAAUCUGGAAUCUGAGGGUGCAAAAAAAAAAUAAUAAUGAGAAAAUCACCUUAAAAGUUGGCCAAAUGAAGUCCUUAGCAACACAUUACUAAUGAUUAAUAGAUGUUUGAUAUAUUUUUCUGUAUUUACAAUAUAUCUUAAUGGAACAUGAGCUUUACGUAAUAUCCUUAUAAUAUUCAAUCAAUAUUUUUGUUGGCUAUUGCUACAAAUAUACUUGUGCUACUUAUGACUGGUUUUGUGGUCCAGGGUCACAAAUUCUCCCUCAUCAUCAGAGAUUUAUUUUAGGAUGACUGUAAUCGUGCGUUCAAGUCCUCCUGGGUUGUUUGCUUUUAACAGCUGGUAAGUCGUUUUUAUGACAAGGUGUCACUUUUGUCAGCUAUUCCUUCUUUUAUUAAAUAACAAGAAAAUACAGUAAGGUUUGUUAAUAGACAACAAGAACAAAGAAUGUGCAUCAGGUGUGUUUUGUUUUUAAAGCUUUUCAGUGAAUUUAUAAAACCACUGUAAUGUUGUUUAUUUAUUUUAUUUUUUUAAAUAAAAAUUCUUGAUAACCGU